CAGAACCAAUGUGGUUCACGAAAUCCACAAAUACGACGAAAUGAAUGCCGACGAAGACAUGAACGGGCAAAUUCCUACUCCCGGAAUCGAAGGAAGUCUAGAGGACUUACCAGAAGAAAUCCUCGAAAUCAUUAAACUGCAAAACUCCCCGCAGUUCCUCGAUGCUCUGGCUAUUGCAGCACUGAAGCCCGAGUUAACUCUCAAACUUUUCACGAGAUACGAACACCUUUUCGCCGACACAUGCGCAAGAUGGACUGGCAUGAGAGAUGGAGAACAUCAAAAGAAUGGAAUAAUUGAAGCUUUUGCGCGAGUUCUACCCUUUGCGCCGCAGCUGUCGACUUUUCUGCAGAAAUAUCUCGAGACCUUCCCCACACGACCAGGCCAUGAAAGACAGAGAUUGAGGAUAGGCUUUCUGAAGCGGAACUAUGGAGGGCACUCAGAACUGGAACCACUUCAUCUACAGCGAAUUCUUCUUGCUACAUUUCGCCUUCUGAACUUCGACAGGAGGACAUUAUCUACGACCGUUUCCACCAGCAGCAUUCAGAGCUACCUACAACAUGCAAACAGCGGCGUACGAUAUCUGGCAGUCAGGAUAUUCUGUCAGCUAUGCUCAGCUGCGGAUUGUACACUGGAAGCCAUGUUAGAAGAACAUGUUGGAAAGACAGAAGCUGUUACUGGUGAUUUCGAUGGUGUAUUGCUUGAUUAUGGCUUCUUAAGUCUUCUUGAGAAGAGAAGAUACAAAGACGUCGCGGAUCUUCGGUCGGCAGAGAGAUUCAGACCUAGUUUCUUUCCCCAAAACCUUUCAACACUGGUAGUACAAUAUGGCAGCGUCCUAUUGCCCAGACCUCGAGGAGCGCCACUGGAGGAAUCACACCUCAUUCACACCCUCACUACGUGUCAGAAUCAAGAGCAAUUUGCCAAAGCCUUACUCUCUUCUUUCCCGAUCCUUCUUCAUGGACUCGCCGGCUCUGGUAAGACUUCACUUGUCAACGAUUUUGCCCGUGAACUCGGAAUGGACUCGAAGAUGGUCACUCUACAUCUCAACGAACAGACCGAUGCAAAGAUGCUCAUCGGAAUGUACACAAGUGGCUCUACACCAGGUUCAUUCACUUGGCGAGCCGGUGUACUUACUACUGCAGUCCGAGAGGGCAGAUGGGUUUUCAUUGAAGAUUUAGAUCGCGCACCCAACGAAGUGAUCAGUGUCAUCCUGCCUCUGAUCGAACGUGGUGAACUCGUUAUCCCCAGUCGUGGAGAGACAAUCAAAGCAGGUAGUGGAUUCAGGCUCCUUGCAACCAUCAGAACUUCGCUCAGCGUGACCGGAAAGGAGAACCCACCUGCACUCCACAUGCUUGGUGCUCGAUUAUGGAAUCGUGUACCCGUGCAGAUGCCAUCGCAGAAUGAGUUCAAAGAUAUUGUUGAAGGACAGUAUCCGAUAUUGCACAAGUUUCUCCCUGGAAUCAUCAAAGUCUACGAACGAUUGUGCGAAUUAUCCAAACAAACGGACUUUGCUUCCAGGAGCAAAACAUCUCUGGGACGACCUAUCAGUUCUCGUGAUCUUCUGAAAUGGAGUCGACGACUUGAAAGAGUGUUGAUCGCAGCAGGUUUCACUAGCGGCGAGGAGCUCAUGAACGAUACAGUACUGGACGAAAUGUUCAUGGAAGCCGCCGAUUGUUUCGCAGGCAGCUUACAGACCGAUGACGCCCGAAAGAGGGUCAUAAAUACCAUUGCCGAGGAGAUGCAUAUUGACCCUCAACGUGUUGAACAUUACUUUGGAGCUCAUGUCCCAAAGUAUGAAGACACCGAGAAACAAUUGACCAUCGGAAGAGUACGACUGCCAAAAAGGUCGAGAGUCACCAAAUCCAGUCAAAAACAGAGACCGUUCGCCAACACUACCCACGCAAGACGAUUAUUGCAACAAGUUGGAGUGGCUAUUGAGAUGUCAGAGCCCGUUCUGCUUGUUGGAGAAACAGGUAUUGGUAAGACGACGGUUGUACAACAACUUGCUGAUGUUCUUGGUCACAAGCUUACAGCUGUCAAUUUGUCUCAGCAAAGCGAAGUUGGAGAUCUUCUUGGUGGCUUCAAGCCUGUCAAUGUCAGAAGCCUCGCUAUUCCGCUCAAAGAUGAGUUCGAUGAUCUUUUCGCUUCCACGGGAAUCUCUGCAACCAAGAACCAAAGAUAUCUCGAGCAGCUAGGAAAGUGCGUGGCCAAAGGUCAAUGGAGCAAAGCUUCAAAGUUAUGGCGAGAGGCUCCCAAGAUGUUUGAAAAAAUCAUUGGCGAGCUGUCAAAGAAAGAGGCUGCAAAUGGUCGGCCUGAUGAACAACCAAUGAAACGUAGGAAGACUGAGUCCAGAUUACAGUCUCUCUUGCAAUUGAAACCCAGAUGGAUCAAGUUCUCUCAGAGCUUAGAUCAAUUCGACAUCCAGUUAUCUGGCGGCUCAAAAGGUUUCGCAUUCACAUUCGUGGAGGGUAACAUUGUCAAAGCAGUGCGCAACGGUGACUGGGUCUUACUCGACGAAAUCAAUCUGGCGUCUCCUGACACUCUCGAGAGCAUUGCAGACCUUCUGCACCAUGGCUCUAAUGGCUCUCCUUCAAUAUUGCUCUCUGAGACUGGUGAGAUUGAGAGAGUUCAAGCACAUCCCGAUUUCCGUAUCUUUGGUGCUAUGAAUCCUGCUACCGAUGUUGGGAAACGAGAUCUCCCCAUGGGCUUGAGAUCCCGCUUUACCGAGAUUUACGUUGAAAGUCCCGACAGAAAUCUUGAUGAUCUACUCGGAGUUAUCAAAGCAUAUCUCAAGGGUAAUAACAGCAAUGAUGAGCGAGCUGCAAAUGAUGUUGCCCGCUUGUAUCUCAACACGAAGAGAUUGGCAGACGAAAAGAGACUUGUUGACGGAGCAAAUCAGGUACCUCACUUCAGUCUUCGAACUCUCACUCGCGUCCUCAGCUACGUCAACGAAAUCACUCCUCUGUAUGGGCUCCGGAGAGCUUUGUAUGAGGGCUUUGCUAUGGGCUUCUUGACUCUUCUUGACAGAGAAUCAGAGAAACUACUUAUUCCUUUGAUAGAUCACCACUUGUUGAGUAGCCAUGGAAACUUUCGAGCACUUCUAUCUCAGACACCCAAGCAUCCUGAAGACGGAAGAAGAUAUGUUGCUUUCACCAACGAGAAGAAGAAUCGACAGUACUGGAUGCUGCAAGGUGUUGAACCUCGCGAAGAACAGUCACAUUACAUCCGAACACCGUCCGUUGAUCGGAAUAUCCUCAAUCUAGUUCGUGCCACUUCUACAAGACGGUUUCCUGUUCUCGUCCAAGGUCCCACUUCAUCAGGAAAGACCAGUAUGAUUGAGUAUCUUGCAAAAUACAGUGGCAACAAGUUUGUUCGAAUAAACAAUCACGAACACACUGAUCUCCAGGAGUAUCUCGGCACGUAUGUUUCAGGGGUGGAUGGUCAGCUACGAUUUCAAGAAGGAUUACUCGUCCAAGCCCUUCGAAAAGGUCACUGGAUCGUGCUCGACGAACUGAAUUUGGCACCCACAGAUGUACUUGAAGCCCUCAACCGCCUGUUGGACGACAAUCGAGAAUUGCUGAUUCCAGAAACCCAAGAAGUCGUUCGCCCGCAUGAGAACUUUAUGCUGUUUGCAACUCAAAAUCCUCCUGGGUUGUACGGUGGUCGAAAGACAUUGUCGCGAGCUUUCAGAAAUCGUUUUCUCGAACUUCAUUUCGAUGACAUUCCUCAAGAUGAAUUACAGCAAAUCCUAGAAUAUCGAAGUCAGAAAGUUGCCCCUUCAGAUUGUAAGAGAAUCGUAGAUGUCUACAAGGAGCUAUCAACACUGCGACAGACGAAUCGAUUGUUCGAACAGAAAGACAGUUUCGCAACGCUUAGAGAUCUCUUCCGAUGGGCUCUUCGCGAUGCUGAUAAUAGGGAACAACUCGCCGCGAACGGAUACAUGCUUCUGGCUGAGCGAGUACGUAAUCCAGCAGAAAGAACAGCAGUCAAGGAAAUCAUUGAGCGAAUCAUGAAAGUCAAGGUCGACCCAAACUUACUUUACAGUGGAGAUCUAUCGCCCGAGAUCAAAGCUUUCAAUGCCACUUCUAAUGCUCAAGGAGUGGUCUGGACCAACGCCAUGAGGCGACUCUAUGUCUUAGUCGCUAACGCCCUUCGUAACAACGAGCCGGUCCUUCUCGUAGGCGAGACUGGUUGCGGAAAGACGACUGUGUGUCAAAUGAUUGCAGACGCAUUUGGGAAGGAGUUGCACAUUGUCAAUGCACAUCAAAAUACCGAGACAGGCGACCUUAUUGGUGCUCAAAGACCAGUUCGGAAUCGCGCUGCGAUCCUUGAGCGGCUGAAGCAAGACUUGAUUGUCCUCCUGAAUGGCCUCGGCCUUUUGACAGAUCAGGACGACGAUGAUUCGCUGCACGCAAAAUUCCAGUCACUACCAGAUUCAGAUCUAGCCCGGGCGCCCCAUGAUCUUCUUGCUCGGAUUAGGCUACUACAGAUCAAGGCGAAGGCGCUUUUUGAAUGGUCAGAUGGAAGUCUCGUUCAAGCUUUGAGAGAUGGUUCCUUUUUCCUUCUAGAUGAAAUCUCUCUAGCAGACGAUUCUGUUUUAGAAAGAUUAAAUUCUGUUCUUGAGACGCAGAGGACGAUUCUGCUGGCAGAGAAAGGCGUCGAAAACUCUUUCGUCCAGGCAGCAGACGGCUUUCAAUUCUUCGCAACCAUGAAUCCAGGUGGUGAUUAUGGAAAGCGUGAACUUUCCCCAGCUCUACGAAAUCGUUUCACUGAGAUUUGGGUUCCAUCUCUUUCUGAGCACGAAGAUGUCUUCCAGAUCGUUGAGGCCAAGCUGGAAAACAAUUUCAAGCCAUUUGCCAAAGCUAUGGUGCAUUUUGCGGAAUGGUUUGGGGAGACAUAUCGAUCUUCAGCUUCCACAUCAAUCUCCGUUCGAGACGUUCUAGCCUGGGUCAAAUUCAUCAACAUUUCUAAUGCUUCUGAUCCCUACUUUCCGAUCCUACAUGGUGCCUCAAUGGUCUACAUAGACACCCUCGGUGCGAAUCCAGCUGCUUUACUCGCUAUCAAUCCCGAUACUGUUCAACAGGAGCGAGCUAAGUGUUUGCAACAAUUAAGCACACUUUUGGGCUACGAUGUUAGUCUGAUCUACUCUCAGCCAGUAGCUCUGGUGCACGAAGAACAUUCCCUGACUAUCGGCAACUUCUCAAUUUCCAAAAUGGCUGGAGCAGACAUCGACUCUACUUUCGCUUUCGAGGCACCCACGACAAAAUUGAACGCCAUGAGAGUCCUAAGAGCUCUUCAGGUUCAAAAGCCCAUCUUGAUUGAGGGCAGUCCUGGCGUUGGAAAAACUACGCUGAUCUCUGCACUCGCUCGUGCCUGCAACAGACCACUCACUCGAAUCAAUCUCUCAGAGCAAACUGAUCUUAUGGAUCUGUUCGGCUCUGACACUCCUGUUGAAGGUGCCGAGGCAGGUCACUUCGCCUGGCGAGAUGCGCCUUUCCUGCAAGCCAUGCAAAGAGGCGAAUGGGUCCUCCUUGACGAGAUGAAUCUUGCAUCACAGUCCGUCCUGGAAGGCUUGAACGCAUGUCUUGAUCAUCGUGGGGAGGUGUACAUCUCCGAACUCGACCAAACCUUCAAACUCCAUCCCAGCUUCUCCGUCUUUGCCGCCCAGAAUCCACAUCACCAAGGAGGUGGACGAAAAGGAUUACCCGCUUCCUUCGUCAAUCGAUUUACUGUUGUCUAUGCUGACGUUUUUAGAAAUGACGAUCUUCAACUAAUUUGCAGACAUAACUUCCCAAAUGUCGCCAGCGCUACCCUCAAUUCAAUGAUUGUAUUCGUCUCCCAACUCGAACAAGAAAUCGUCUAUCAACGUCGAUUUGGCUCACAAGGUGGUCCGUGGGAAUUCAACCUGCGCGAUAUCCUCCGCUGGCUGCAACUUCUCUCAUCUUCUGCCCCAUUCCUUGGAGCUGCAAGCCCCUCGGACUUCUUGAGCCUUAUUUUUCGACAACGUUUCAGAAGUCUCAGAGACCGCAGUGAGGUUGACCGACUAUUUUCAGAGGUCUUUAACACCGAAGUCCCGUUCCGGCAUUUCUUCCACAAUACGAGCGCAUCUUCAUACCAGGUUGGUAUUGCCUACUUACCGCGAGACCGGUUGGUGCAGCGUCUUCCAUUCCCUGAACCCGAGGUCAAAAUUCAUCUGCCAGAACUUGAAUUUAUCAUGAUCUGCAUACAACAGAAUCUGCCUUGUAUUCUUGUUGGCCCAUCGGGCUGUGGUAAGACGACAAUCAUCGAGCAUGUUGCCGCAAUGAGUGGGAAGUCAUUGGUCGUCUUUCCACUGAACGCUGAUAUCGAUACAAUGGACUUGGUGGGUGGCUUUGAACAAGUUGAUCCUCAACGUGCUGCUGGCACUUUCCUUGAAGAGCUGCGAGCUUUUAUCUCCACUAGAGUUCUAGCGUCUCUGCCCAAUGAGGUUCCAGAUGAAGCACUCAGUAUCUUAGAGCUUCUUGGAUCCAAUGAUGAUCGUUCGCAGACUCAAUUCUCUGAGAUCGCCUCUCAUCUCCGUUCCUUGCAGACCAAGACCUCGUUGCCAAAAUUUGGAACCCUGGCAGCUACUUGCCAGCAGUUCUCAGAGGCACCAAUGGCACUCGAAAACGCUCGUUUCGAAUGGGUCGAUGGGGCACUCGUCAAGGCACUCGAACAAGGCCAGUGGCUUGUUCUCGACAAUGCUAAUCUCUGCAGUGCUUCUGUUCUUGACAGACUAAACUCUCUUCUGGAGCCAAACGGCUUCCUCAGCAUCAAUGAGCAUUGUGGUCCUGACGGGGAACCAAAGACUGUCAAGCCACAUCCGGAUUUCAGGAUAUUUUUGACUAUGGACGCAAGGUUUGGAGAACUAUCUCGAGCCAUGAGAAAUCGUGCCAUUGAAAUCUUCGUGAACCCUGAUGCUGAGCAAAGCAUCAUCACACCAGGUUUAAAACCAGAAGCACAGUUAGAGAGGUAUCAGCAGCUACUAGAUACCCUAGAAAGUAUGCAAGAAUCCUCACUGGCCCCCAAACUGCUUGCUGUUGCAUUGGAGAACCUUUCAUGGUCCGACGCACCGCUCCUACGACGCUUCUUUACCUGCUUCGGUCAAGUCAUAUCGGCGAAAUGUGGCAAGACUACUAUCGGUGUCUUGGAAGCCUAUCUACAUGUGCUUGAAAACUUGCGAAACACACCUGUGAGACGUGAAGUCGAAGACAUGUUUAUGGCAGUCGCAAAGGACUCGAGCUUGGCACCUGCAGGAUUUGGCAAUGCACAGAUUAUCCAUCCUCUCCAGAACUCUCCAUUGGUACCUCUCUUAGCAAAGUCCCAGAGUAUUGAGAAAGUCUAUUGGUCUGCAACUGUCUUCGACCAUUUUAUUCUAAUCCGCCAUGGCGUGCACGCUCUCAAGUCCCAAGAACUUGGAGUCGAGACGUUGAAGCCAAGUCAGAUGAACAGACUCCAAAGAUCAUUGGUAAAAGAUCGAGUAUCUGCGGUUUCGAAGGACUCAACCGUCAAUAUCUCGAGGUUCCUCGAUAACUUAUUGAAUACACUUCAACAUUUCCUGCGGAAUUAUUUUUACGACGCCAACGAUUGGAAAUCCCGACAAGAUACUCUUGAAGCAUUGCUUCUUUUGUGGUCAAGAACCUUUGCUUUGUCCAUCUUAUCCAACUUUGAGGAGGCAACUUUCCAAGCCCACUUGGCUCUUGAGACAGACGCUUUGAAGGGUCUAUCUGGAGAUAAUAUUAUGGGCGGCGUGGUUCAAAUCGUUCAAGAAAACAUGCAGACUGCCUUUUCCUCUGGAUUCAAACUCACCACUGGCUUGAGUCUGGAGGUACUCUGGAGAGGUCUUCGACCUGUAGUCAUGUCUAAUCUUCAAACCAUGGAGACACUUGCCCAACUGGAAGACCUAGCUGUCCGAUUUGAUGCUUUGCGUUGGAGGAGCUCGAUAUCCGUCAACGAAUUAGGGAACGUCAUGGUGUCUCUGGUGAAAGCAUACGGACUCGUGCUCACGAGUGAUGUCGAUGGACAAACUCUCUUAAGCAUCCUUGACACUGAGUUGAAGAACCUGGAGCCGAGCAUUGGGAGCAACGAAGAUGUUGUAACGCCGUUCUUCGCUUGCCAAUUUGUAGCUUUGCGACAAUUUCAGACAAUCGCCUGCAUGCGAACCAAUGACAGCGACGGCGGUCAAUCUCUCGACCUACAAACAGCUGUAUUAGCGAACUCUCCCACGCCGCUCGAGAUGAGAUUGGGGGCGUCUGCUGGUCCGCUUCAGAUGGUCGACUAUCUCUGGGGCACCGCAACAAACCUUACUCCUGUCGUGGGAACUCUCACUCAAGACCUUCUCAAGAAGAUUGGUGGUAUCACUGAGGUUAAUCUUCAGUCACUGAAGCUCCUCGAAUCAGAACUACCAAUGUUGGGAGAGGAGUUGAUUACCUCUAGUGCUGUUCUUUCCCGCGAUCAGAUUCUGGAUCUUGACGGAAUUCUCUCCAACCUCAUCGUUCGUGUUGUCGACAUGCAUGACACUCCGCCCAAUGCUACUUACGCACGUCUUCUUCAAGAUUACACUUCGGCGAUCGACUGUGACGUGCUUGGCCUAACGCUGGCAACCUCUGUGCUCGGAGAUGUUAAGCUGUCGAUUCCAGGAGCACCCCAGCACUUACAGGAGGUGCUCAACAAUCACUACAACAAAGCAGUCCUGUGCAUGCAUGCUGCACCUUCUCAGUCAGCAAAGAGGCUCCAAUUUUCUUCACUUGCGUGGGUUCACUUUGCAAUUGGUACAGUCAAACUCUACGUCCCAGAUCGAGCUUUCGACCCAGACAAGAGACAAAGACUUGAGCGAAAAUAUCACGAAGAAUACCGCCAAGAGCUUCACAACCGACUCGAUGCUCUCAAAGCCUUUGAAGCGCUGUUCACUGGCCAAAAUUCCAAUCUCAGAUGCCAAUUGCUGGCAAAGAAGAUCGACGAGCUGGGAGAACCCCCAAAGAUCUUGCAGGAAAUCUAUCGACCUGAAAUCUCUGAGAUGGAUCAACUACAGGGCGAAUUCACCAAUUUGUUAAAGGUGCUCCUCGGAUCGACGUCAAUUCCUGAUGUACUCUCCGAGUAUUUCACUUCUGGCAGCAAAUCACUUCUGCAGCAGCUUCGACUUCUUCAGCACAAUGUUGCUCAAAUCAUUCGCCGGCUCUCUGAGCGUUACCGCGCAUAUAACGAUAUCACUGCUCCGGUGGCGAGCAUGCUUCGAUGCCUUCAACUGGGUCUAUUCAUGGCAAUUCUUACCCAUGUAGAGGAUAACUCGGAUACGUCUGAAACUGGAAGUUAUUUGGCUUCGAGUCGAGUGACCCCUUUUCUUGGUGGUAGCCCAACACAGGCCCCCGCUGAACUCAUCUCCGAAAAGCCAAUGGAAUUCCUAAGUCUGAUGGCAACAACUGCAACUGUCGAGAAGUUGUCUUCUUUCAAUAUCGAUGCACGACAAUCUCUCCUGAAAGCUUUUCAUAGUUGUUACGAACAGUGGAAGCAAAAGCUGGAGACGGAUAGAGCAGAAGCAGAAUCCAAAUCAGGCUUGUAUCGAUUUCGAGGCAGCGCUGAAGACGAGGACGAAGAUGACCAGGAGGCCUUCAAUGAGCUCUUUCCAGCCUACGAUGAGGACGACACUGAUGCCAAGGCUGGCACUUCGCCAACAGGUAUCGUUCGUGAUACUGCUGUUCAAGUCUCCAAACUCCAUGGUGCCAUCUUUCUAGGGCAAGGCCAACCCGCUGACAGCAUAUUGAGUCUCAUUCGGAACAUAUCAAAGAAGAUUGGCUCAUCAUACCAGGACAACCCUGAAUCUCAAGAUCAGAAGACGACAAAAGAUCUCCUCCCUGGUACAUUGCUACUUUUGGACGAUAGGAUCGAGGCUUUGGACCCCAAGGCGAGCCUUCCAUCCUCAUACAACUUCUACAGCGAUGCAAAUCUACCAGAAGCUCGGAAACUUGUCACUCUCGUUCACCAGAUUCAGGCAAGAUUCAGGCAACUUCAAGCUGUUGAUGAGAUCGGUCACAUGCAGCCACUUGCUGAUGUUCUGGCCUCAUGUCGCGAGUUACUACAAUUCAGACAUACUGAGCCUCUUUCGAAGAUCAUCACAAAAGUUGAGAAGAUUCAUACUUUCAUGCAUGAAUGGCAAUUUGGGGGCUGGGCUAGUCGUGCCAAUUCAGCUCUUACUCAAUACGACAAUUUGACUGCAACGAUUGUGAGCUGGCGAAGACUGGAGCUUUCAACAUGGGCCAAGCUGUUUGAUACCGAGACAAAGAAGUGCGAAGAGGAUGCCAAGUCGUGGUGGUUUGUUGCUUACGAAGUUGUCAUAGCAGCACCACUUCAGAUGUCCGAGUCACCAGAAGAAUUGAGGUCAUAUGCUCAGAAGCUUCUGAAAGAUCUGGAAUUGUACUUCUCUACUGCCAUUAUGGGACAGUAUGUGCAACGCAUUCAACUAUUGAAGCAACUCCAGAAGCACCUCGAACUUCUCAUGCUGGACACUCCGAAUAUCUCAAUCAUCCGCGAUGCACUUGCAAACUUCAUUGCAUUGUAUAAGAGGUACGAGGGUCCUGUUCUGGAGAACCUCAAGAAAGGGAAGUUGAGUCUGGAGAAAUCCAUGCGAGAUGUGUUGUUACUUGCUAGCUGGAAAGACACGAACAUCGUUGCGCUUAGAGACAGUGCCAAGAGAUCUCAUCACAAGCUUUUCAAGAUCGUACGAAAAUUCAGAGCUCUCCUCGACCAGCCAAUGGAAUCAAUCCUGAAGCAAGGGCUUCCUGAUCAGACCUUUCCAGAUGGAUUAGAAGUUCUUGGUCAACAAGUACAGCCUUCCGUUGAUCAAUCGGCCCUUACUGUUUGUAGUUCGACGGUACCCAGCUGGACGCAGAAGGCCAAACGUUUCGUCAAUGUAGACACUACCGUCAGCAUGAUGAAGACCGCUAGCACUUUGCCAGGCUCUGCUCUAUAUGGAUCUUCAUACCUUGACUCGUUCCUGGCAAAUAUCAUCGACUCAAUCGCCGAGCUGCAAAAGGCCACACCCUCUGUUCUCACCGAAGACAACAAGGUUACUGUCAAGCAUUUGAAGUCAAGGAAACGCAAACUCUUCGCUGAUACUCUCAAAGAGCUGAGACUGAUGGGCAUCAACUACAAUCUCGGGGUAGAUGCUUUGGCUCGUCAAGACUCCCUUUCCCUAGUUCUUGCCAAUGCAGGGCAUCUGCCUGAGCUUGAUAUUCCCGGACUGGAGUACUACUUUCAUAAGGCUGUUGAUCUAGCACAGAAGGCGAGAGUUUCAGUCAGGCAACACUCUGAAGAUUUGAGCAGUGCUGAGAUCGCACGAAGUAUUGGUUUCCUAGAAGGUCUACUGCAAACCUUGCUUGUUCAAAGAAACUCACUGUCAAUCAAUGUUCAGAAUAUGACGAAGCUGCAAGUCCCUAUUGAAAUAAGUAAAAGACUUUGGGCCGGAGACAGGUACAGCAUUCGACACUUGCAAGCCUUUUCUGGCCACGAAAAUCUACUCAGAUGGCUACCAAGCAUUCUGUCUGUGGCGCUAGAGCUUGUUAGGAUUCAUUCUAAGCUUGGAAAGAAGGAAUCUCAAAGUAUCACAGACAACCUCCUCACCUGGAGAGAGAAAUUUGUUGAGUGGGCAGAGACGUGGGUUAAUCUCUGCAAGUUCCCCUCGCUCGUCACUUCUACAGACCAAUUGGAGCUACAAGAAACGCUCGACCAAAAUGUCAUCCUCGUUCAAGAAGAUCUGGAGACUAUGAGCCGCGAUCGACCUGACCUCGCUUUCAUUGUGGAUCAAAUUCUUCCUUGGACAAACACCACCUCCUCUUCCGUUAUCAACAGUAAGGUUUCCAAGGAUCUUGAGGAUCUUGACAUUAAGCUGUCUACUGUCUGUGAUACUAUCUUGGUAGCCAUCGAAAAGUACAAGAAGACUAUUGCUGAGAUUCCAACAUCAACCGAAGAUCCCAGCUGGCUCAUCAAAAGCCAUGCCAAUCUUGAAGAUAGUAUCAAGUCACUUCAUUGCGCGAAUGUCAACGACCAGAUCGAGGAAGCUUUUGAGAUCCUGCGUCACCUGGAUCUUGCAGACGACAGCAAAAGCAAAGCAGCAGGGGCUCUAUUCGCCGUCACUCAACCAAUCGUCCAACAAUACUUCAACAUCUUGCAGGAUGCGAUUACUCGAUACGGGCAACUGCAUCGAGCUACGUGCAAAUCUUCCUACAUUCUUGCCAAAAACUUCAUUCAUAUUGCAAGUCAAGGAUUCUGUACACCUUCCGAGAAGUCAGAUGCGCAAGACGGCAAGACUGAGAAGCUUGAAGGUGGAACAGGUCUUGGUGAUGGUGAAGGCACGGAGGAUAUCAGCAAGGAUAUUCAAGACGAUGAGGAUCUUGAUGAACUUGCCCAGGAACCCAAUACUGGCGAGAAAGAAGAUAUCGAGGACGAACAAGAUGCAGUUGAUAUGGCUGAUGGCGAUAUGGAAGGCCAGAUGGGUGAUGCUGAAGACAAGGGAGAAGAUGACAAAGAUUUGAAAGGGGAUGAAGAAAGCGGCGAUGAGAUGGAUGAGGAGGCUGGAGACGUUGAUGAUCUAGACCCUACAGCGGUGGAUGAGAAGAUGUGGAAUGGUGAUGGAGAACAAGCUGAGAAGGAUCAAGAAGGCGAUGAUUCUAAAGGCAAAGCAAGCAAAGAGGAACCAGCCGCUGCACAGGAGAGCAACAAAGAAGCUGGUCAGGCAGACGAUGGCAACGAGGGUGAAGAGGAAGAGGAGAUGGUUGGCGAAGAGCAAGGAGAGGAAGUCAAGCAAGAGGAGGUUGAGAAGCAUGACCCACAUGCACAAGAAGGAGAGACGCUUGACUUACCUGAAGAUAUGGAGUUGGAGGGGAAUGAAGACGGUGAAAGCGUGGGUGGAAGCGAUGACGGGAUGAAUGAUUUGUCUGAUGUGGAACAAGAUGAAAAUUCAGGAGAGGAUGUUGUGAAUGACGGAAAGGACGAAGGAGAUGGCGAAGAUGUUGAUGCACAAGAAGAUCAGCAGCCAGAUGAUGACAUGGAUGUCGUUGAUCUCGAGGAGGAGCCCGAAAUUCCGGGCGAGGCCACCGAAGAAGCCGGCGAGAAAGCCGAAGAGGAUAUAGAGGAACAGCAACCUGAAGACCAAAAUGGCCUGCUCCGAGAACGAGACGAUGAUGCCAAUGCUGAUACCGAAAAUGCAGUACCAAGCGAUGUCCAAGGAGUCGGGGAAGAUCAAGACGAAAAUUCCAACGACCAGAACGAGUCUACAAGCAAAGCACAACGCGAGGAUGGUGGCAAAGGUGGAGACUCAUCCGAGCAAAAAGACUCUGCUGCUGAAGAUGGUGAAAAGGGUCGUCAGGCAAAUGGUGAAGCUCCUCAGGAUUCACAGGAUGAGACGCAAGAUAGUACCGAUGCUCAGCCUUUCAAGAAACUUGGCGAUGCUCUCGAACGAUGGCAUCGACAACAAACAAAGAUCCGUGAGCCAGCUGAGCAGAAAGAACAAGGAAAAGAUCAAAAGCCUGAGACAGACAAUGAUGCUUCAGAGUUCCAGCAUUUACAAGAUGAAGAUGCAGAACCUGAUGCCCAAGCUCUGGGAACUGCUACAGAAGAUCAAGCCCAUGCUCUCGACGAAUCUAUGGCCAUUGACCAAGACAGUAAGGACUUGCCGGAUCAAUUCCAACCAGACGAGGUAGAGAACGACGAAGUCCAGCAUGACGAUGUCAUGGAUAUCGAGGAUGCUACUACGCCUAAAGAGCAAGAGCCAUCUGAUGCAUAUGAAGGUCGAGCAGGAGCCAUGAUCAAGCAAGCCAAUCAAGAUCUUGCAGAUCCUAAAGAUACACGCGCCCAUAUUCAAGACGAUCUUGAUGAAGAAGUGGAGGAUGUGGAUAAUCAGCUCGAAAGCACCCAUUUGGACUCCCUGGACGUCAAUCUCCGUUCUGCAGCUGAAGCUCGUCAGCAGUGGACACACUACGAGGCUGUCACCCGUGACCUCUCACUUUCUCUCACCGAGCAACUACGUUUGAUACUUGCUCCUACUCUCGCCACCAAGAUGCGUGGUGACUUCCGUACUGGAAAGCGUCUAAACAUCAAGAGAAUUAUCCCAUACAUCGCAUCUCAGUAUAAGCGUGAUAAGAUCUGGAUGCGGCGUAGCGUUCCCUCUAAGCGCAGCUACCAGAUCAUGCUUGCCGUGGAUGACAGCAAGAGCAUGGGCGAGAGUGGUAGCGGAUCACUUGCUAUGGAAACACUCGUCAUGGUUUCAAAGAGUUUGAGCAUGCUUGAAGUCGGACAGAUCUGCGUUGUGGGCUUUGGAGAAACAGUCAAAGUGGCACAUGAGUUCGAUGCCCCAUUCAGCUCCGAUGCUGGUCCCAAGGUGUUUCAAAACUUUGGUUUCGAUCAAGGUCGUACGGACGUCACCAGACUGGUGAAGGACAGCAUCGAGUUGUUCCGCACGGCACGACAGAAAGCGAGCGGUAGCCCUGCUGAUCUCUGGCAGAUGCAACUCAUCAUCUCAGACGGAGUCUGCAAUUCCUCCGAACACGAUACCAUCCGCCGACUCUUGCGCGAGGCACUCGAAGAACGAAUCAUGAUGGUCUUCAUCAUCAUCGACAACGUCAAGGAGAAGAAGAAGGGAGAGAGUGUGCUGGAUUUGCAGCAAGCUACGUUUGUGAAGGGGAAGCUUCACAUGAGUAGAUAUCUUGAUAGCUUCCCGUUCCAGUAUUAUAUUGUGGUUGGGGACGUCAAGGAGUUGCCGGGCGUUUUGGCGACUUUGCUUAGACAAUGGUUUGCGGAGGUUGUCGAUUCUGGUAGUUAGUUUACGUUUUUUGUUAUAGGAUUGGCGUUGAGGGGAACAAAAUACAUGGCGUGGUGUUUAGAUAAUGAAUAGAUGCUCAUAUACUUCAGAA